AUGGUCUUGCGGAACCAGGAAUAUAACCAGACCUCGAUCAGACACGGCACGGUCAGCUGGUCCUCAUGUUGACCUCAUCUUACCUGGCACACAUAUCGGAACCACAUUUCCGUCCCAUAACAAAAAAUGCUCUCCCAUAACGAAGCUUUCAGUACUCAAGACUAUGAUUCUACGUCGCUAGAACUGUUUUAUCCCCUGAACGAUGUCACACGCAAUGUCAAAGCAGACAUCAUACUCGUCCCGGGGCUUGGAGGCGAUUACAUCGGGACGUGGAAAGCUGAUGAUGAAUUCGAAACCGUCUGGCCAAAGGAUUUAUUGCCUCUACCUAACUACAUACCAGGAGUCAGGGUCUUGUCCUUCAGGUACAACACAUCACUAAACGGAACCACGAGCGACGCUGGCAUACGAGACCAUGCCAAUGAUCUGCUAGUCUGGCUAUACAACGACCGAGAAGAUGACGAGAGUGCGUCACUGAGGCCCCUCGUUUUCGUCGGACAUAGUCUUGGCGGGAUUAUUGUCAAAAGCGCACUUACCAAAAUGGCGCACGACAACAAGUAUCAAAAUCUAUGGGAUGCCAGUCGAGGCGUCAUGUUCUUUGCAACUCCUCAUUUUGGUCUGAAUAAAGACAAGUGGCUACAAUUUGCCUACAGGGUGUUGUUACGUCGUGCUCCGUCCAAGGGGGUUGUUCCCACAGAAAACAUGCUGGACGAGCUGAAGGUCAACAGUGGCAUACUCGAUCGCGUGUCUGAAGACUUCCUACCGCUCCAGCCGGAGCUGUCCUUUGUGACUUUCGUUGAGAACACGCCAAUGAAAGGCAUGGAAGAACUUAUGGUCGACCGGGUGUACGGGCUCACCCGUACGCCAACAGAGUUCCCUCGCCGUUUAUCCGGCGAUCACAUCGGGCUUUGCCAGUUCAAGAAUCAUGACGAUGACUUGGGCGAGUUUGAACUUGUUCAGGAUGGGAUCCGAUCUUUGAUCAAUGACGAGCCCAGAGCGGUACAUCGCCUCAAAUAUCAAGAGAAACGAGCUCUCUACUCCCUGUGUCCCACAUCAUUCCAUUGUCAUUCCCGGGAUACGAACCCCACCAAAGAAACCUGCGGUUGGAUCUUCAAGACGCAAGAAAUGGAACGUUGGCUCAUCAACGACUCCGGCAAAGAAAAGCUCUGGAUCUCCGGUCCGGCGGGCUGUGGGAAAAGCUUUCUCGCGCAACAUAUCAUCACCAAGCUCCACGAGGGAAAGUCUUCGACGCAGCAUGGGGUGGUUCACUGUUCCCUCAGCGAUUCCCACCCAUCGCGUGGGAACUUGGAGGCUCUGCUACGGGCCACCCUGCAUCAAGCAUUGCAUCACGUUCCUGAGCUGGUCACAACAUUUCUGCUUCCGACAUUUGAAGAAGCGCAGAUCCGGGAACAUGAUGAACAAGAAAUAUGGACAAGGCACGUUCUCAUCACAAUCUGGGCCGAUGCCAUGGCUGAGGUAAUGGCCCGCCGCCCGUUGAGUUUUGUCAUUGACGGGCUCGAUGAGAUCAGCAAGGAAUGUCAAGAUACCUUCUUUGACUGCCUGGGCAAACUCCCGCAGAAAACUCGAGCCGCAUUUGAACGACUCAAACGAGGGCCAGGGGAACCGCAUCCGCCAAAAAUGAAACUUCUUGCUCUCUCCCGGGGAGAUGAAGACAUCCGUGAACGACUUGGUCGAUUGGGGUUCAAAUCCUAUGAUGUUCAGCCAAAGGAUACUAAGGAGGACAUCAAAAAGACCGUCUGGGCCGGAAUGAGCUCCCUUUGGAAGGCUAGGGGACGCAACACCGAUGCUCCAUCGCAACGGAUAUGCAACAAGAUUGCCGAUGACUCUAAUGGCUCAUAUUUGUGGUCGAGUCUUGUCGUGGAAAUACUCAGGCGCGGCCGAAUGACAAGCGAAAAGCAGAUCCUGUUUCUUCUCGAGCGAUAUGUGCCAGGCGACGUCGACGAUCUCUACUCCCACAUUCUUCUCGGGUUGAAUCAGAAUCCAAGAAGCAGCACCUUUGUCAAGCAAGUCCUCCAAUGGGCCAUUUUCCAACAAGAAGGCCUGAAGCUUUCCGAAUUCACAAUUGCCAACGCACUCGCCAAAGCCACGGCGCAGCACCCACACCAAACCAUCACCCCCGAGAUUCUGGCUUCUUGCCUCGACGACAACAUUAAACUCCGAGUCGAGUUCCACUGCGGACACCUCGUGAAGUUCCAAGACGAUGGUCGCCUCUCUCUCAUCCACCGAACCCUGAAACACCACCUCACCAAACACUUGCACACCGAUCUCAACCCCCUAUCCUCUUCAAACCCCUCCCCGUCGAGCCCCGACGCAGGGUUCUUCCUCGAUCCGAAGACCACCCACGCCUCCCUCGCCAACCUCUGCAUCGCCUACCUCACCAUGCCCUGCUUCGACAUCUCCACCCCCCCAUCCACGCCCCUCACCUCCCCCUCCUUCGAAUCCCGCCUCCGCCACCGCAUCAAAACCCACCCCUUCCUCCGCUACGCCGCGCUACACUGGCACAAGCACCUCGCCCUCGCAGGCGAAGCGUGGCCGGGCAGUCAACAGGCUGAAUCCAUGCUGACGCGCAGAGCCUGGCUGGUGGAUGGAGCCAGCGGGUAUGGGCAGUGCUGGACCGAGGUGUGGUGGUUCUUUGUCAGGGGCGUGGCGCAGGACUUUCCGGUGGGGGGUGAGUUGGCGGGGCGGGUUGUUGAGGCGGCUUUGGGUUCUGUUGCUGCUUCUGCUUCGGAUUCCGCGCCCGCGGUCGAGGUUGGGGUUGAGGU